GCCAAGCGAGCAGUGCAGCGGGGAGCUACUGCAGUCAUCUUUGAUGUGUCUGAAAACCCAGAAGCGAUCGACCAGCUAAACCAGGGCUCAGAAGACCCGCUCAAGAGGCCAGUAGUAUAUGUGAAGGGUGCGGAUGCCAUCAAGCUGAUGAACAUCGUCAACAAGCAGAAAGUGGCUCGAGCAAGGAUCCAGCACCGCCCUCCGCGACAACCCACCGAAUACUUUGACAUGGGGAUUUUCCUGGCUUUCUUUGUCGUGGUCUCCUUGGUCUGCCUCAUCCUCCUUGUUAAAAUCAAGCUGAAACAGCGACGCAGUCAGAAUUCCAUGAACAGGCUGGCCGUGCAGGCUCUGGAGAAGAUGGAAACCAGAAAGUUCAACUCCAAGAACAAGGGGCGUCGGGAGGGAAGCUGUGGGGCCCUGGACACACUCAGCAGUAGCUCCACGUCUGACUGCGCCAUCUGCCUGGAGAAGUAUAUCGACGGAGAGGAGCUGCGGGUUAUCCCCUGUACUCACCGGUUUCACAGGAAGUGCGUGGACCCGUGGCUGCUGCAGCACCAUACCUGCCCCCACUGUCGGCACAACAUCAUAGAACAAAAGGGAAACCCAAGUGCCGUCUGUGUGGAGCCAAACAACCUCUCGCGUGGGCGGCAGCAGAGGGUGACCUUGCCAGUGCAUUACCCCGGCCGCGUGCACAGGACCAACGCCAUCCCAGCCUACCCUACGAGGACAAGCAUGGACUCCCACGGGAACCCCAUCACGCUUCUGACCAUGGACCGGCACGGGGAGCAGAGCCUCUAUUCUCCACAGACCCCCACCUACAUCCGUGGCUACCCACCCCUCCACCUGGACCACACCCUGGCUGCUCACCGCUGCGGCCUGGAGCACCGGGCCUACUCACCAGCCCACCCCUUCCGCAGGCCCAAGUUUAGUGGCCGUAGCUUCUCCAAGGCAGCUUGCUUUUCCCAGUACGAGACCAUGUACCAACACUACUACUUCCAGGGCCUCAGCUACCCAGAGCAGGAGGGGCCGCCUCCACCCAGCCUGGCUCCCAGGGGCCCAUCCCGUGCCUUUGCGCCAAGUGGCGGUGGCAGCAGCCUGCUCUUCCCCACCGUGGUGCACGUGGCCCCGUCCUCCCACCUGGAGAGUGGCAGCACAUCCAGCUUUAGCUGCUACCAUGGCCACCGCUCAGUGUGCAGUGGCUACCUGGCUGACUGCCCCGGCAGUGACAGCAGCAGCAGCAGCUCUGGCCAAUGUCACUGUUCCUCUAGCGACUCUGUGGUGGACUGCACUGAGGUCAGCAACCAGGGCGUGUAUGGGAGCUGCUCCACCUUCCGCAGCUCCCUCAGCAGCGACUAUGACCCCUUCAUCUACCGUAGCCGGAGCCCCUGUCACACCAGCGACGUAGGGGGCUCAGCACGGGGGCCUGCCGGGCACCUCGAGGGCUCCCCACCACCUGAGGAGCUACCGGCAGCACAUAGUCAUGGUGCUGGGCGGGGAGAGCCUUGGCCGGGCCCUGCCUCUCCCUCGGGGGACCAGCUGUCCACGUGCAGCCUGGAGAUGAACUACAGCAGCAACUCCUCCCUGGAGCACAGGGGGCCCAACAGCUCUACCUCAGAAGUGGGGCUCGAGGCUUCUCCUGGGGGUGCCCCAGACCUCAUGAGGACCUGGAAGGGGGGCUCUGAGGGGCCGUCGUGUGCCUGCUGCUGCGAGCUCCAGCCCUCCACAUUGGGGCCCAGUGCAGGAGCAGCCAGUUCCUCGCUCCUGGGUCCCCCCCUCUGUGAGGGCUGCGGCCCUGUGGGUGGGGAUCCACAGCCAGGAAGCUCCCAGGGCCCAUACAGCCUUCACCCAGACCAUUUGCCUAGGACAGAUGGGGUGAAAUAUGAGGGCCUACCCUGCUGCUUCUAUGAAGAGAAGCAGGUGGCCCACGACGGCAGAGGGGGCAGUGGCUGCUACACCGAGGACUACUCUGUGAGCGUGCAGUACACGCUCGCUGAGGAGCCCCCACCCAGCUGCUACCCAGGGGCCCGGGACCUGAGCCAGCGCAUCCCCAUCAUUCCGGAAGAUGUGGACGGUGAUUUGGGCCUGCCCUCAGACUGCCAAGGGACCUACAGUCUCAGUCCCUGGGGUGGGACGCUGGACCCAGAUGCCCCGCGGCCCCUGGGGGGCCUGGGAACAGCCCAGGAGGAGGAGCAGGCUUUGUGCUGCCAGGCAGGGGCACUGCUAUGGCAUGGCUGCCCUGCAGAAGAGGCAAGUGCCUCCAGGGCCAGCUUCCCCAGUGCCCCCCAGGACACUCAGGAGUCCAACGCCACAGCCACAGAGGCUGCAGGACCGGGUUCUUGCCCAGCAGACAGCGGCAGCACGGGAACCUGAGCAUGGAAGGAACUCUUAUCUGGAAAUUGGGAACUAUAGGGAGACUCCAAACUCUGACUUCCUUCAAAACAAAUUUUUUUUUUAGCUUUGACAAACACACAAAAGUGGUAAUAGAGAGAGCCCUUCUUCUCAACCCAAAAUGUGAGCCACCUGUGGCAACUCCCCACCAUGCCCCAUUAACAAACCAACAGACAAAAUUCUCUGAGUCCUUUGCCUCCUUUGAUAACAUGUUACUCUGUUUUGUAAAAUGUGUGUGCUUGGGGUUCCAAGGUGUGUGGGAUUGAGUUCUCUGCUUUUUUUUAAAAGAUAUUAUAUGUAAAUGUAAAAAGUUAUUUAAAUAUAUAUAUUUUAAAGAAC